AUGAGGCAGCUCGUCGCAGGAGUUGCAAUCCUGCUCCUCUUCCUCGGCUCCGGCGUCGUGACAGCGUCGGUGGCGGCGCGGUCGGCGCCGGUGGCGAGUAAAGGAGGCUCAGGCUCGGCAGUGGCGCAAUCCGAGACGAUGGCGGCAGCGGCGGCGGCCGACAGCUCGGCUCAGCCGUCCGGCUGCACUAACGGGAGCGGCCCCGGCGGCUACUGCCACCCUCCCUCGGAGCAUUGA